AUGGAAGAUGACGCGUUUAUGGCAUUUUUGACUGAUAAUACUAGCGAUGACAACGAUAUCAUUGUUCGGCAAUCUAAUUUAACUGUUCUUGAUGAUAGACUAGAUACUCGACUCAGAGCACAACGAAAUAUCGAUGAAAAAUGGGAAGAAUUGAUGGUGGCAGGACCGCUGAUAAUAAACUAUUUGGGUAAUCUCAUGGUUUUAUCAAGUCAGCAAGAUUUCGGUUUUACUCUUCCAUCACCAAAUUAUGUAUAUGAAUUCAUUAAAUAUCCUAAUUCAUUUAAGGCUACACUUGCACAUUUGUCUCACGAUAUGUAUGACGCUCUACUCGCUGCUCAUACGAGUAUGGAUCGUAUUCAAACGUUUUCAUCACAAAUUCCAACACAUAUUAACAAUACACUCAAAUUAGUCACGCGUGCGUCACCUAAUAUGAUUAAGGCACUAUUACCAAAUAAUUUAGCAAGUAUUACUCGUAUCGCUGAUAUUUGUGUCAAUGCUUCCAGUGAAACAGUCGAGAAAUUUGCGAAAUUGCAAAAGGUCAUUGAAGAGAUUAUUCGCGUUAUUUUAUCUACACAAACUGCGAACACCAAUCUCGUUUCUCAAUUACAACAACAGAUAAACAAUGGAACAAAUGAGAUUCAAUUAUUGACAGCGAAUGUCACGAGUAUAAAACAGCUGUAUGAUGAAAAACGUAAAGCACUGGAGAAAGCUCGAGAAGAAUAUUGGAAUGCGGUGAAUGCGCUUCCUACUCCGCACACACGUAAAAGCUGGUUUGGUGGUAUUGUUGGUUCUGUAUGGAACGCGGUAACAGCACCCAUACAGGUCGUGGGUUGCAUACUUGGUCAAUGCUCUGGCAAUAAUAAUAAUCCUAUGCCUGCACCAGCCGAUAAUACCGCGUUUGAAAAUGCAAUGGCUAUCGCCAAGCUAAAACUUGAAGAACUCAAACGAGCCGAGGCUGAACACGAUGAAUACUUUCAAAAACAACUUGGCGAACAAUACAAAUUGGCUGCACUCAUCCAACAAAUAGCUUCACUCAACCUCGAUUUAAUUGAACCCGAGAAAAUCGUUGAGAUUCUUAAGCAAGCUUUUCAAGAGAUUCAGAACUUGAAAACGCAAUGGAGUGAGGUUCGUCAAUUCUUCGAAUCUCUUUCCCUUCAAGCCGAUAGCACGAAAGAAAUCAUUAGUUCUCAAUUCGUCAACGUUAUUGAAAAGGCACUCGCAGCAAAUGCUUCUCUACAAGACGGAGAUCGUGAAUUUUUCGUUGAACUUGUUCUUACAGCAGCAGAAACAAUCGAUGGGAACGCUGCACUGCUGUAUAUUAUGGCUAAAACGUAUUACGAUAUUUCCAGGUUACAUAUGUUACAUCAAAUCUCAGGCAUUGGUCGUCUGUUAGGUCUUAACGAUACUAACCAGCGUCGGCAAGAGCUUCGAAAUCUACAAAAUGAGACGUUAGUUACAUCAACAAAAGUAACAAACAUGGUUCAAGAAAGACAAUUAGCUUACAAGCGUAUUCUGCAUGCUCGACAACAGCAACUCGAAACCUUUCUACUUGAUGCCACAAUGAACCAACUUCAAUCUAAUAUGGGCUAA